AUGGAUACAACGAGAAGUCCACGUGCUUUUAAUCUGUUUGCCUCUGCCUUUCUAACUUUUCGUCAAUCACAGACGCAUUCUUCUUCUUCUUCUUCUUCUCUAUUCUCUUGUGCUUUCCUUCCAAAAGAGAUUGAUCUUCAUACACUCACCCAAAGCCUUAAGCUCUACACUUCUACCAUAGCUUCAAGAGAUCGAUUCCAUGAAACUCACAAACUAAGAGUUCAAAACUCCCUUCUAUAUGCCGUUGUGCCAGCUGCUGGAUUGAUAUUUAUUGGAUUGGGUGCUUAUGCGUGGAAUUUGCUUGACUUGACUUUGGAGAUUUUGGCUACUGGUUUCCAUAGAUUGAGGAAAAGAGACCUUGAGUGGACAAGUUACUGAUGUUAUGGAGUUUUUCUUGAGCUAAAGUGUACAUGGUCUUUACUCUGUAAUGGUGUUGCUGGAUGUGUAUUAUUUAUUGUGGGAAUACUCAUUAUUUGGCUGGGAGGCUUUGUGACAUUUGAGUGAGGAGUAUGUUUUGUUAUUAUCAUCUGUGAAGGGUUAGAAUAGCUGCCUAGCUAGUAAGCAAUAAUCUGAUCCAAUUUGAUACCAUAUGUGAUGGGUAGUCAUGUAAUUUGAGUUUGAUACUAAACAAAAUGUUAAGCUUUGUCUAGCCCUUCUCUUUUCUGAUUUUUACUGUUCUUUUUGUAUCUUUGAAGAUAACAUAAUCAAGUAUAAAGUUGUUUUUGGAAGAUUUCUAC